AGAGAGAAGCCAAGCAACAGCAACUAUACACAUCAAAUAACUGGAAUAACGAAAAAGCAGACGAUGUGAAUUGGCUGUCAAGUCCCAUCGGUAAACGUUAUUGAGAUUUGGGGUUUGAAAGGAAAUUGGAUCGAAUUUUAUGGAUAUAUCAGACUAAUUACGUAAAACAAAGGAGUGUUUCACUCCUGGCACGAAACUCGAAGGACGCGAGUUGAGAAAGAACCCCGAACCCGUCAGAUAGCUAGCUUUUAGCAGUAGUGUUAAUAGGAAGGCUAGCCAGCGGUCUUCUGUUUUGUCUCUCUUGGUUUCGUCCUCGUCAAGUCUGAAGCUCAAGACAAAUUGGCAAGUUUGGCAGUUUAAUGUUGGUUCCCCUUCCUCUUUAUGUGUCGCUCGAAACCAAGGGACUGCUCUGUUCAAUGUAGCCCAAACACACAAAACGUUAGUGGAAGUUGAAGUGAAGAACUCGGAAGAAGGAUUUGGUGUUAACUAACGUUAGAUAGCCCGCUAUUAACAGUUAUCUAGCUAAUUUAGCUGAACUUUGAUUUGAAUUCCGGGCACAUAGGUAGCUCGCCAGGCAGUGGACUGUGCUUUGUCUCGCUAAUUGAACGUUGGCAUCUAGGCUGCUCGUAAGCUAGUUAUGUUUAUUUGUAGCCAUCGAGCAAACAUUAAUGUUUACAAAUUGCACAGUGGGACUCUUUCCUGGAUCGAAUGCUCCAACGGAAAUAUAAGUUAACACAAGCUAGCCCAUAUUUGUUAGCUAGUUUUAUUAUACAGAAUAUAUACCUUGCUAAUUAUAUAGUUAUUUAACUGCUCACUGAUUUGCCAUUUCAAGCGGACCGGGGCAGAUAAAGCUAGUUUAAAAUUAUUGUGCGCUGGAUUUGAACUACCUUAGGUAAUGUUAGUUAGCUAACACAUAUUGCAACAAAUACAUUUUUCAACGACAAUGGACUAGACGUCAUAACACUUUUUUUGUUGUUGUCAAGGAACCGAUUGACGUGGCCUGAAACCGUCACACACUUGCCGUCACUGGUGUUACGUGCGUCAGCUAAUAUCCAAUCAUUGGACCGUGUGUGUGUUGAUCAUCUAGCUAAUUAUUGUGGGGUUUGUAGCGAAACAUUGAAACACAAUGUCAGGACAGUCUAUAACGGAUCGGAUCGCCGCGGCACAGCACAGCAUGACCGGGUCGGCUAUUAGCAAAGCCGUGUGCAAGGCCUCGACGCACGAAGUCAGCGGUCCCAAGAAGAAACACCUUGAUUACCUGAUCCACUGCACCAAUGAGAUGAACGUCUCUGUCCCCCAGCUGGCAGACACACUGUUUGAGAGAACAGCCAAUAGUAGCUGGGUGGUGGUUUUCAAAGCCCUCAUCACUACACACCACCUCAUGAUGUACGGCAAUGAGCGUCUCAUCCAGUACCUGGCCUCUAGAAACACCCUCUUCAACUUGAACAACUUCUUGGACAAAGGUGCUUUGCAAGGUUAUGACAUGUCUACGUUCAUCCGUCGGUACAGCCGCUAUCUGAAUGAAAAGGCCAUGUCUUACAGGCUGGUGGCUGUGGACUUUACCAAGAUGAAGAGAGGGAUUGACGGUGUGAUGCGUACCAUGAGCAUAGAGAAGCUCAUAAAGACCCUUCCUAUUAUCCAGAACCAACUAGACGCACUGCUAGACUUCCAGGCCAACCCCAAUGAGUUAACUAACGGGGUGAUCAACUCAGCCUUCAUGCUGUUGUUCAAGGACUCCAUCCGUCUGUUUGCUGCCUACAACGAGGGCGUCAUCAACUUACUGGAGAAAUAUUUUGAUAUGAAGAAGGGUCAGUGUAAAGACGCAUUGGACAUCUAUAAGAAGUUCCUUUACAGGAUGACCAAGCUGUCAGAGUUUCUCAAAGUAGCAGAGCAAGUUGGAAUAGAUCAGGGUGAUAUCCCCGAUCUCUCACAGACCAUUAAAGGAUCAUGCAUUGCUCCUAGUAGUCUCCUGGAGGCUCUGGAGCAGCACCUAGCCUCUCUGGAGGGGAAAAAGACCAAGGAACUCACCGCUGAUACAAGAGCGUCCACACUGUCCAGUGCUGUGUCGUCUCUGUCCAAUACAGGCAUGUCAUUCAGCCGCAUGGACGAGAAGGAGAGACAGCAGGCCUUAGAGGAGGAGCAGGCCAGACUGCAGGCCCUCAAGGUACAGGACCAGCGUCUGAAGGAGAUUGGCAUGUCCACUCCAUCUGCCUCCCCAAGUACACAGUCUAUGGGCAGUGUCAACAACAACCACCACAACACCAAUCAAGGCAUGGAGCUAUUCAGUGCACCCUCCACCAACAGCAUGCCCAACCUCAGUAGUGAUCUAUUUGACCUGCAGCCAGCUUUCCUACCUGCUGUCCAGAGCACUCCCUCGAUCUCUACAGCCACCAGUGCCUGGGGAGGUGCUGCUGAGACAGCUGAGUCCUCCAUGAGUGUAGAUUUUGAUGCUGUUUUCGGGGGCGGGGCUAGAAGACAGGCCAAUUACGACGUACAGCCUGCCACCGAUGGGUUUGACGCUCUAGGGGACCUGCUGAAGCCCACAGUGCCCAGCCACAACCAGGCUCCUCCCAUGGCCCUGCACCACCCUGGUCAUCCCCAUCCAGGGCACCCAGGAGGCAAGCUGCUGCCCAAUGACCUUGACUCGUCCCUUGCCAACCUCGUUGGCAAUCUGCAGUUCGGAGGAGCCCCAGCCAAGAAUUUGUCGUUGUGUGCUCCGGUGUUCAGGCCAGACAUGCAGUGGAGUCAGCCUGGAGAGAAGAAGCUAACUGGGGGACACAACUGGCAGAGCAAGACUAUGACUAGCACCACGGCCUGGAACCCUGCUCCCAUGGCCCCUGCACCCAUGCCUGUACAACACAUGGCUCCAGCUCCUAUGACAUUCCCAAUGACGACGCCGCAAGUGCCUAUGUAUGGAAUGGUCCCCCCUCAAAUGGGUCAGAUGGGGAGUGUACAGUUGAUGGCCCCCCAGCCCAUGAUGUAUAACCAGCCUGUACUCAGACCCACCAAUCCCUUCGCCCCCAUGCCUGGAGCCCAGAUGCAGUUCAUGUAAUCUCAUGGGGGGAGCAGAGUGCCGAAAGCGAUGGCAAAAACACACGCCGAGCGAACCACCGAAGACUAAAUGAACGAAGGAAUGACAGACAGACGAAAGGACAGACAGAAGGAAAACCAACCAACACCAAAUAUGAGAGGAGGAGAGAAGAAAAAGAAAGGGAGGAUCAACCCGGGAGAUGAGAAGGGUGGAAGGCUAGAGCACGGAGGGGAUAUGUCAUAAUAAAGGCGCAUCUCUGUCUGAAACAGCCCCCCUCCUGAAAAAAAUUAUAAAUAGUGUAUAUUAAAAAAAUAAACACCCAAAGCCCAUUACUGGGUUUAAAACUACCUAAAACUUGAAUGUGUAGGUCGUUUUCAGUCGACAGAGUGAAGGGGUCAGGGGUUAGAGGUCUUAAGUUUAUUGCACUUAGGACCAGUUUAUACAUUAUAAAGUCUCUUGGUUGGGUUAGUUUGUCUUCUGUUACGUUCUCUGGUCAUUGGUGUACAAAGGUAGCCUAGGCCCUGUUACGGUUACUGGGACUGUAUUUAUGUUGCUACUAAGCUGAUAUUGAGCAAUUUGUCACAGAGUAAAAGAGUGAUGGAGAAGAGGGGAUCUAGCCAUAGGCAGAAAAGACAGGUUUGGAUUGAAAAAGAUCUGUAGGUUAAAUGUUGCAUCCACUCUCUUUGGUUGCAUCCACACAGGUAGGAAGACGUAGGUGUUUGGAUUCAGUUUUUCUAUCUCGAAGCACGUGUGUUUGCGCGCAAGCUGUUAAUAAACCAUUUCUUUGUGAGCUGGUCUCUACCUUCUUUCUUAGGCGACAGAUCACCAAUUGGAGCGGUUUCUAGACAUCUUUAUUUUAAUUCUCCAACUUUCUCACCGUUACUGAUAUCGAUCAAACCGGUGGAACCAAAGUCACACAGUACCGUUUGUCCCUGCUCGCUUGCCAUCCUUGACUGUUAGGUAGCGAAGAAAAGCACUCACGGUGUGUAUGUUACCCAAGGGAGCUGUUUCAGACACGGAGAAGCCUUUACCACAUGCAAUCAGACUGAGUAUAAACAUUAAGGAUAGCCCUCUAUACUCAUCCUCACAACCACCAUCCUACCACCAGCCUAACCCUCAACCUCCUUAUGUCUAUUUGUCCAUGGAGAGCCACUGGAGAACUGUUGUAAAGUGUUUUUAAUCCCUCUCUACUUUAUUUGUGUCUCUUGUAAAAACAGUUUCUUCUUCAUCCUCGGUGUGUCCUUAAAUGUUGACGGAUUCGCACGCACACUAAAUUACACACACAAAGCAUGUUACACACACACACACACACACACCUCCAUCCUGCGGAAACAAUGUUUGAUUUCAGAAUAGGAUCAUUCUGACGGUUGAUGUCACAAUUUGUGUUUCCUCUAUCAUAAUGUCCAUUGCUCUCGAUGGUGUCCUAUUGUUGCUAAAGCCAUAUGCAGUCAUUUUCUUCCCAACUGUCAAGAUGGGUCAAAUGAAAGGAUGUCAAAAUAACUUUUUGUGUCAAAGGAAGGAUAUUGUCAAAAUGUUGAUGACUCAACAGAACUGUUUCAUGUUUUUAUUUUGAACAAAUAUAUGUGCCGAUAAGUUUGGUACUGGUUAGUGCUGAAUGAAACUUAAUUGCCAAGGGUUACUUUAUUGUUAAAUAUUUGGGGGACAUGGAGUUGAAAUGGACAAUACUGGUUUGAGCAUACUCUUGGUCCCAUAGGCUUUAUAAAAGAUGUCAAUGUAACUGAACUGUUGGUGCCAAAGGUCAAAACAGGUAUAGGGUCACAGUUGCCAUACUUUUCGCUGUCUAAUUCCCCUGUAAUGACACAUCGGUUUGUUAUAUAUGCCAUGCGUUUCUCAUUGAGGACCGUUUUCUGUUUACUUCCUAUAUCUUGACGCUGAAGCCAAUAGUGAGUUAUGCCCCCUAGUUAUGUUAUAUAUAUCAUUAUUUUUUGAUGAACAAGCUGAAAUGUUUCACUGAUAUGACCACAUUCAGAACCUGAAAGAAAGGAGAGUUGGUGAUAAAUGAAUGGAUCAAAUCAAAGUGUAUUGCUCACGUACACAGAUUUGCAGGUACAGCGGAGUGCUUGUGUUUUGAAUGCACAUGCAGAUCCCUAAGACGAACCCUUCCCCUUGUCUCGGUCCACAUCACCAGUGAGUUGAGUACUGUGGAGCGUCUAACUGAUCCUUUUCACUUUCUAGUAGACAUAGUGCUCUAGAACACUAUCUUAGCAGCUUUGCUGCUCUUCGGUCUAGUGCGCAUAGCUCUAUAUUCACCUCUUGGUGACUUGCCAAUUGCCAUUGUCUUCAAGAUUAUCUUGGUGGAUGGUCACUGUCUAGUAGACCUAGCUCUAAUUUCCCCUCUUAGCCUCUUUGUCACUGUCUAGCAUGUAUAGCUUUAUCUUCUCUUGGUUUUUAUUUUCUGUCAAGUUUAUUUGUCAAACUCAUUCGCUCCACCCUUGUACUUGAUUGAUGAUUUAAAGUCACAAAUUAGUAACUCCCCUCACCUGGUUGUCUAGGUCUUAAUUAAAAGGAGAAAAAAACAAAAACCUGCAGACACUCGGCCCUCCAUAGAAUGAGUUUGACACCCCUGGUCUAUUAGAUAUAUUUAAAGAAUUGUCUCCAGGAUCACUUUAGAUUCAUUCCCCUUCUGAUCUAGUUUCAUUGUCUAGUAGAACUAUAUUUAGAUAGAAUCUCCUAUUGGAGUCUUCACUGUCCAGUAUGUAUAGCUCUAGAUUCUUCUUGCUUCUGCUUUUGUAGAUGAUACAUUACAAUCCCCUUUGUCUUAUAGAGUCACUGGACUCAGUCAUAGGCCUUCACUUAAUCAUGCUGUGAGUGGGCGUGUACGCCAUCUUUAAACUUAAACUUUCUCUGAUUGGAUCAUAUGCAUUUUAUGUCUUGUCGGUGAAACCGACCUAUCCACAAUGUCUAAGGGGGAUGUAUACUCUCAAUGAUGAAUUAAGUCUGUAGUCUUGAAGUAUUUGAGGGUUCUGAUGGCACUAGUCUUUGUCUGUAGGAAGGAUUGCCUCGCUAUAGUAGUACCUGUGUAAAAGGGGGUUGAGAACCAGUGGUGGUCGUUUGGAAGUUAAAGGUCCAAUGCAGAGGUUUUCAUCUCUAUUUCAAAUCCUUUCUAGGUAACAAUUACUACCUUUUGAUUGUUUUCAAUUAAAAUGGUCAAAAAUAAGCAAAGAUAUAAGUUUCUCAAGCAAGAAUUUUGUUAAGAUUGUCAGGGAGUGGUCUGAGUGGGGAGGGGAAUGCUAGCUGUAGGUUUGGAACGCUCUUAUUGAUCUAUUAAAUUUACCGCCUGGUGACGUCACCAAGCAAGCCAAAACUCCAUCCCACCAAAACAGGCUGAAAUUUGACUGUCUUUUCAAAUAUGUCUAACACUAAAAUGGCAUUUUCAUUUUCACAAUAUCACACUAUUAUUCCAACCUUACUAUGUGGAUAUAUAUUAAACACAGAAACCCUUCUCUGUGCUCCUCAUACAGUGAUAGUCCCUUACUCAGGAGGGUAGGAAGCUCUGGGUAGAAGUUGCUUUAAGAGACAGAUCUAGGAUCAGCAAACCCGUGGGGGAGAAAUGCAAAACUGACCUUAUACAGUUGUCCCUAGACACUGAUCUUUGUAUCCCAAUGGCACCCUAUUCCCUAUGUAGGCCUCUGGUCAAAAGUAGUGUACUAUAUGGGGAAUAAUGCCAUUUGGCACACAAUCCUUGUUUGGCACUGAAGUUGAUGAGCACAGCUUUUUCUCUGGAAUUUAUCAUGUCUUAUGUUCUCUGGUUCUUCAGUAGUUUCAUUUCUCUGAGUCAUUUUUAAACUAGAUUGUUGUUCUGCAUGGUACCCGGCCUGCCUGUGUUUUGUGUGUCUUUGAACUGGUUUCAAAAUAGUGGAAGAAUAGCAGAGGGGGAGAGAGACAGUGUGGAGACUACAAUGUUGAUUGUCCUAUUAUAAUCUUAGGGGGUGCGUCUCAAUAAUCUUGUCUUUUUCUCUCGUCUUCUAAGACCUGAAGAGCGUUUGCUCCCAGAGCGAAUGCCAACAAUGUCAAAUCACGCUGAUGGUCUGUUUAUGGUAGGCUUUUCUUCCCCUGUGCAUGGUCGUGAUGUGUUCUUUCUACAGCUCCCCUUAAAAGCAUGAUCUGAUUUACUGUCUGUUAAAACUCCGGGUUCCGGAUUGUCAUGGUUGCAUUUCUGAUUACAUGCUGUAAGGACAGACACCCCUAACCAUAGCUCUAGGGUGAAUCUCAAUAGUCUUUCCUUGGCUCAUUGCGUCCUCUGUCCUCAACGCAUUGGAGGAGGUGGUCUGGGGGUGUAGCCAAACCCUUUUACUUUUCCAACGAUGCCACGUUACUUUUUCCCUUUAUUGAAAUGGGUCUUUUGAUCAUAUCUGCAAGUGUAGUACCCUCUAGUGGUUAGUCCCUGUAGUAACACAGUAAUUGAAGAUGUCAUCAACCUGAAAUGAAAAAGGAACAGGGAAAAAGAGGAAUGGCUUUUUGGGGUUAUAAACGGAUAAAUCUCUCCAUAAAAUUAAUCAGUUUAUACGUUAUUUGCUCAUUUUCAGUCAGUGUUUUUUUAAUGAUCAUGUGAUCCUUUUUAACCCUACAUGUUUUUUUUUGGAAACUACCCUUCUGAUAGCUGAACUGGUGAUAACUAUGUAAAUAUAAAUAGAAACAUGCAAACACAUCACAAUCCCUGUAUUGUACUAUACAGGGAAUAUGGGCUGCGUUUACACAGGCAGCCCAAUUCUGAUCUUUUGCCCAAUUAUUGGUAAAAGAGCUGAUCCGACUGGUCAAAGAGAAAUGCUUGAAUUUGGCUGCCUGUGUAAACGCAGCCAUGGUGUCAUUUGGGACACAUCCAUACACACAUCAGCCAUAAUGUUAUUUUUGUCUUUGUAUUAUUAUUUUUCUGAACAUGAGAGCUAUUUGAUAUUUGCAUUAUACAGUAUAUAGAUAUAUAAUAACACCCAAGGGGUGAUUAAACGUAUGAAGAAGGGGAUUGGCUGCAUAUCUACAGGUUGCCAAUGGGAUAUCAUUGAUUGUCAAGGAUGCCAAAUGAUUCAGAGAAUCACACCCUUGUCUCUGAUUAUUCUUCUUGUUCUUCCCCCUCUUUGUACAUUUUUAUUUAUUUCUGCAGAAAUAUUAGGAUUUUAUUAAGCAUGGAAAUAAUACAAAACGAACGUUACAGAAAUACAAAAAUCAUUGGCUUUUAUUUUACUUACUGUGUUUAUUUUGAUUAUCUUUUUUUUGGAAGAAAUAAAGUCAUUUUCCAUUC